ACUGUUAAAAAUACUUAUAACCAUUAUAUAAAACGUUAUAGAAUAAUCUAAACUAUUUAAAAAAAAACAACAAUACAUGCAUCGGUAAAAGUUCACGUUCUUAAAAUAUUUAACAACCAUGGGUAAACGAUAUUAUUGUGAUUACUGUGACAAAACCAUGGUUGCCACUCCUACAAUAAUAAGAACACAUCUAAAAGGAACUGUUCAUCAGAAAUUAGUCAGUGAACAUUAUCAACAGUACAAAGAUGCGGCUACAAUAUUAAAAGAAGAGAGUUACAAAAAGCCUUGCUUGAGGUUUUUAAAGGGUGAAUGCAACUUUGGUGGUAUCUGUAGAUUUUCACAUUAUACUCAAGAACAAAUUGAAGCACUAAGGGAAUAUGUUGUGUAUAAUGAACAAAUAAAGGUUGAACCACAACAACCUUCUUUCUCUGACUUGUAUCAGAGGUUACAAUCAGAAAAAACUACUAAAAGCACAUCUGAGACUACAAUAUAUGAUAAUAAUGGUGUUACUCAUACAUUUCCAUGGAUAUAUAAUGAAUCUUUUAACAUAUAUAAAGAAUUACCACCAAGUCUUAGAAGAUUCCGAGCUGAAGAUUUUACUGAUGUCAGUUUUACAGAAUGGGGCUGAUAUGAAAUUUGAGGUAUGUUUUCUGCCGUCAAAUAGAGGAAAUUUCAUCGAACUGUAUAAUGACGUAGAUCAAAAUGUUACCGAUGUUAAUCCGGAAACAGGAAAUGUGUUAAAUAAAUUCAAUAUAUACGUAUAUGAACGUCCAAUACCAAAUACGAGAAAAAGUUUAGGUAAUAAAGUACCACAUGAUUGGACUGAAAGCGAAUUGAAUAGAGUAAUAAAAGGUCAUAAAUUACAAGAAUUUCUCAGUCAAGACGAGAUCCAUGAAAUAAAAGUGAAGGAAAUCUGCGCUUUUAUUAGAACUCACUAUUUAUCCGCGGAAUAUUUUUUUAAUGAAAUGCGAAGGAUAGUAACUCAACGCGAGGUAAAAGAUGAUUUAAGGAAUAUGGUGACAUAUUUCGAAGAUAAUCCAAAUUUAAAACCAAAAAUACUUGAAGCUUAUCGCAAAAUAAAAAUAUUGAAACGAACUAUACCGGAUAUGUGGUCACUGCAAACUAAUAACCUUGUUGCGUCUAAUGACGCAACUAGGUUUAAAUAAAAAUAUGAAUAAACAUUGCUUUUUAAUUUUGUCUUUGUUAAUAUUUUUUUGACCUUGACCAAUGUCAAAGUGAAACAGCGAACAUGUUAGAAAAAUUUACUAUAAACUUCAUUUUUUUGCGAUUUACCCUGGAUUUAUGAAAAACUAUAACCAAUGUUGUAUGCCAGCAAUGUUUUAU